AUGGCUGAGAAGUUAUCAGAACAACAAAUCGCAGAAUUCAAAGAAGCUUUUUCUUUAUUCGACAAAGACAGCGAUGGAAAAAUCACCACUAAGGAAUUAGGUACAGUGAUGAGAUCCCUUGGUCAAAACCCAAGCGAAAGUGAAUUAACUGAUAUGAUAAAUGAAGUCGAUGUCGACAGUGAUGGUACCAUUGACUUUCCUGAAUUUUUAACCAUGAUGGCAAGAAAGAUGAAGGAUACCGACCUGGAGGCUGAAAUUGCUGAAGCCUUUAAAGUUUUCGACAGAAAUGGUGACGGAAAGAUUAGUGCUGCUGAAUUGAGACAUGUGUUGACCUCCAUUGGUGAGAAAUUAUCUGACGCCGAUGUCGAUCAAAUGAUCAAGGAAGCUGAUACCAAUAACGACGGAGAGAUUGACAUUGUUGAAUUUACUCUGUUGCUUGCUGCUAAAUAA